CUGGAAAGAGAUAAAGGGAGUCCACAGAGGGGAAAAAGACUGAUGAGGUCGUGCCAGUUACAGUAGAGAGGAAAGAGAGCAGAGCUGAAUCCUCCCUGUAAUUGAGCCGCUGCUUCUCCGACUGAUCCAACGCAGAUGAUGUCUUCAGAGCACCUGGCCUGUGGUUGGCUGCAGAAGCUGCUCGUCGUGCUUGUGAAGCUUUGUUUCGCGUUUGCUGGGCCUCAGCGACCUCUCAACGGGACGGGCUGCACGGCCAGGGGUCCUGCUUCCUACAUCUUGGUCUUUACAGGUCACUGGAACCCGCAGUCUUUUCCAAAGCAGUAUCCCCUGUUCCGUCCCCCAGCACAGUGGUCCAAACUAGUAGCGGUGAGCCACAAUCACCACUUUAGGCUCUGGGAGGAGGGCUCCCCUGCCAGUCCAGGAGUGCAGAGCUUCGCUGAAGUCGGGGUGACGGUGGAGCUGAUGAAAGCAGCCAAGGAGGCCAGGAAGAAGCGCGCUGCGGGAGCCAUGCACCGGACUGCUGGCAUUCCCAACGGGAUUGGUCACAGCUCCACGGAGAUGCUCAUGGUGCCUCGCAACCCACUGCUAUCUUUGAUGGUGAAGAUUAUCCCCAGCCCAGACUGGUUUGUUGGGUUGGACAGCCUGAAUCUUUGUGAGGGGAACCAGUGGAAACAGGAAGUGACUGUUGACCUCCAUCCUUUUGAUGCAGGGACGGACAGCGGAUUCACUUUUUCCUCUCCCAACUUUCCAACUAGCCCCCCAGAAAACAUUACGCAGAUCACGUCACAAAUGCCGAACCAUCCAGCCAACUCCUUCUACUACCCUCGACUAAAGGAGCUUCCACCUAUUGCCAGCAUAAGGAUUACCCGGCAGCGUCGAUCACUUGACCGCCAGACUUCCAUCUCGAACCACAUUCUGCCAAAUUCCAUCAGUCCUCAGCGCUUCUCAGCAACACCUUUGGACUGUGAAGUUUCUCUCUGGUCAUCUUGGGGUCUCUGUCUCGGUCCCUGCUCCAGAGGCGGAGUCCGUCACCGCACACGUUACAUCCUUCUGCGGCCAGCGAACGCUGGCAGCCCGUGCCCUGAGCUGGAGGAGCAGGCUGAAUGCGUGCCCCACAGCUGUAUGAAGAAACGCCAGUAACUGUCAGAGCAAGAGCAUAAAACACUUGGACUUCAUGCUAUCACUGCUGGACGGGGAAAAACGUUUUAUCAUGUUGAGGAUUUUUUUUUAAGGUGAAACAAUAAGAACUCACUGUGUAUUGCCACUAAAAUACAUUUCUGUAUAUAAGCAGAACUAACAAACGAAAUGGAGUCUUUUGGAAAAGCAGAUGGAUGAAUAUCGAACAGUUGAAAUGUUAAUCAGUCUAACUUGAUUUUUACAAUUGUUGCACAAAUUUCACCCAAAGUUGAGCCAUUUUAUAAAAUGUAAAUAAAACCUUCAUGCUGCCACUUGUAAAUCACCUCCAACAAAUAUACAUUUUUAAAAAUCAAAUACAUGUGGCUUAAUUUGUUUUGAAACAAAACUCUGUUUUAAAUUUUGUGAAAUAAAUGCUUUAAAAAAAAAACAAUUUUGCAAAUAUUUCUAAAGUUUUCGCUCACUAAAUCAGAUAAUUAGCAGAUGUUAUACAAUCAGGGUUUCCUGGUGAACUUCUGACCUAUGCUUACACUUUCAUUUCUCAAU